CACCGUCUCCUUUGUUAAGUAUGUGCCGUCAGUCUCUUUUUAGGUCUUCACCGUCGCUCUUGUCCGUUAUGUACCGUCACGCUGGCCAGCAUAAUUUUAUCCUCAUCAUUUGCCCCCUACUCCAUAACUCCGUCACCCUCUGUACUGACGGGCUAUGGAGUUUGUUUUUCAAAAGAGGCAGAAACAUCGUUUGCGUGGAUCUGAGCAUUUAAUGCCUUGGACAGGUGGCUCGUUCCCAUUGGCCUCACUUCUGACGAGAUGUCGCUUCGUCUUCCGCGCCAUUUUUUCCAUAUAUAAACAGCGUUUCCAGUCACUUUUUUCACUAUUUCAUCCUUGCUGAACUUGUGGAGAGACAGACCGUCGAUCACCUUCCGUCAGCUUUAACUUCCGUCAGCUUAUCCGUUGCUGUAGCCGUCCAGAGGGCUUCCAUACCGGUAAGUUUUCAUCCUCUCUCCUUCUCUUUAUUUUUGCCUCAUUAGUGAGGCCGUCAGCCUAGGUACUUAGUUUGAACCCGUCACUUGUAGGUAGUCAGAUGUCGAGUGACGCGUCUUGUGACGAGUCGUCAGUCCGCGAAGGAGCGGGCUACGACGAGACCUUUGGCUCCGGAAACGAGUCGGACUUCUCCCUCCCGUCAGAGAGAGAGUCGUCAGCCCAAUCUCCUGACGGCAAUGAGAGUUUUGCUGAGGGAGAAGAUGAGGGAAGAGGGGAUGAAAAUGACGGGGGUGGAAUGGAUAUUGACGGAGGAAAUAGUGACGGGGAGGAGAGAUCCAGUGAAGGAACUUCGGAGGGUACCGUAGAUAACCGUCCCUUCAUUCUUCCUGAGGAUUGGGCCGUCAACAGAUUUUUGCCUGGGAUGAGUGGUAAAGUUUUUAGGGAGUUACGGAUCCGUUAUCAGAUCCCAGACCACAUCCCCCUCCGUCUCCCUAGAGAGGGUGAGAGGUGUUACUCCGGGCGGACAGCGGACGUUGGCAUGUAUGACGCCAUGUUUGCUGCCGGCCUGAGGUUACCGUUGACGGCUCUUCACCGUCAACUAGCUGACUUCCUUGGAAUAUCCGUCACCCAGGUUGCCCCAAACGCCUGGAGGACUUUUAUAGGAGCUGAAAUCCUGUGGGGCAGCUUUAGUGGAGGGCACCGUCAGCUUACACUCGGAGAAUUUUUUUAUUGCUAUAGGCCUCAUCACAUUGCCUCGUCUAAGGGGACUUAUCAUUUUAAUGCCCGAGAGAAAGGGCUACGGUUAGUGUCAGAUAUGCCUGACUCAAAUAGGAACUGGAAGAGUAGGUAUUUUUUCGUUGAGGGGACGGACUGGGUGUGCCGUCAGGAGGAGUGGGCGACGAUGCCCAGUGGUUACUUUGACAAUACCUGGGCCUUUGUCAAGGAUUCAGCUUAUACCCGUCCGCAUAUAACUGACGAGCAGGAGGAGUUCAUCCAUCGGAUUCUAGAAAUUCCUUUGGAGGACCGUAAGUGCAGGGAUUUGAUUACCCUUGACACCCUCCAUCUAUACUGUGGGGGCCCAAAUCCGUCAGCGGAAGCUCGUAGGUUGGAGGAGUUUGCGCGACGUCAGAUGGAUUCUGCGAAGCAAAGGAUACGGGCUGCCGCAGCUCGUCAGAAGGAGGAGAGGAAGGCCAAGGAAGCAGGGGGGGAAGCCUCGUCAACCCCCACGGCCGUCGCCAAAGUGGCGAAGAGGAAACCUGACGGGAGUGACGGCCGUCCCUCAAAAAAGCCUGCCGUCACUCCGUCAGUCGAACCAUUGAAGGAAAAGUCCCCUCCGACGUCUGGCCAUGGUGCGGGAAAGGGGGUGAUGACUUCUGCUGGUCCCGUCACUGAGGGUCCGUGCCGUCUCCUAACCCACAAAGAAUAUGCCGUCGGGGAGGUUGAGUCCCUGAUAAAACCAACGGACAUGGAGCCCUGUGAUCAAGUAGGGACGGAGGAUUUAGGGGCGUCGGCCCUCUUUGAUCUCUCCAGGGCCUUGGUUCGUGUCAAAGCCCUCCGUGACCGUUGCGUGGCGAAGGAGGGGGUCGUCAGUCGAGUUCGCAGCCAUAACAAGAACUUGCUGAAUCAGCAGGCUCAGUAUAAGGAAGCCGUCCGUCUUCUUAACCAGGAGCUGCAGGAAGUCAAGGAGAAACUGACGACGAUCAGUGGCGAGAACGUCAAGCUCCAAGGAGAGGUGACGGCUCUGGAGGAGAAGUUACAGACGGCGGGGGCUGACGCGAUUGGACACUUCAAAACGUCGCAGUCAUUUAUUGACUCAUGUGGUCAAUAUUACGGCACUGGGUUCGAUGACUGCCUUCGACAGGUCGCGUCGGCCUUCCCAGAGCUGGACUUAUCUGGGAUUUCAAUGGAUGAUGGAGACGACGUCUCUCUUCAGCCAGAACCCACUCCGGAGCGUGACGGCUCGGUAGUCCUGGCUCAGCCUGCUGCUAAUCCUACAGCUUCAGAUUCUCCAACCGUUAUCGUGGAUGUUGAAGAUCAUCAGGCUGACGGAAAUCCUGCUGACGCUCCUCCUGCUUAACCAU